AUGAUAAACUAAGAGGCGAUUAAAUAAAAUUGUAGUUUAAUUGUCAAAGGAGAAACUCAAGAUAAAGGUAAUCUAUACUUAGGUAAAUUUCUAUUAUUUUUAGGAAAUCUAAAUUCAAUCGAAGAGGAGAAUCUAAAAUCAAAAUCUAUAAAAGCUGUAAUCACUGCUGCAAGAGGGGUUAAUACAACAAUCAAAAAUGUAAAUCAUUAUGUUAUUGAAGCAGAUGACGAUGAAAAUUUCUAAAUAAGUAAAAAAUUCAAAUAAACUAUAGUACAACACUUUUAAAAAGCAAUCAAAUUUAUUGAAUAGAAUUUAAAAUCAACAAAUGUCUUGGUUCAUUGUUUUGCUGGAGUAUCUCGAUCUGCAACAAUAGUUUGUGCUUAUCUAAUGAAAAUUGAAAAGUGAAAUUAACCAUAUAUUAAAGAAAAGAUAGUGAUACCAUACUUGAAAAAAUGAAAGCAAUAAGACACCAAGUGUAUCCGAAUGAAG